AUGACCCCGUCGAUUUUUAGCGAUUCACGCCCUCAAUCCUCCAAGGUGUCGGCUCUUAGAUCAAUUCUCCCGUCUGGUGGACACAAGAGAAGCAAAUCUGCCUUUGAAGCAGCCGUUCGAGGUGGCCCUGUUCACCAUAAUAACCCUUUGGCUGCCAGUUGUCUCCUCCCAGCGGACCACCCCCACUAUCGUCCGCAACAGCACAACCAGCAGCCUUACCCGGAUCGUGAGGCAAAUAGGAAUGCCUCAAACUCCCGUGCUCCGCUGCAGGAUAACUCAAAUCCCCCCGGAAAGGCUCUCCAUAAGAGGUCCAAGAGUACUUUGUCUCUCAAGUCUCUCUUAAAGGAUAAAAACUCCAAGGACAAGGAUCAGGCCCAAAAGGAGCCGGUAAAGCAUGAACCAGCUCCUAGACGGAAUAAGCCAAAGAGGACAAAGUCGUCUACUAGCCUGUCUUCUCUCUUCCGGAAGCACCAGCCUCGCCAAAAGGAUGACGACUCCGGAUCCAGAGAUAAGGAGAAUUUCUCCCCUACCGAUAUCUUCGAUGAUUCUGCUUCUACUGCCCCCAGCGUUUAUACUGCACACUUGCCCCCGGAUAAUGGCUCUGGAUCUCGUUACGUUCCAGAGAACAGGCGGACAGUGGCUGAGGAAAUGUCACUCUACACUCCCCAGGGAUAUUCGCCGUCAAAGCAAAGGAACUUCCACGACCACCACAAGCCAAGUCUUACCCGUGCGGACAAGGCAAGGCGUAAAUCUGAUUCUAUUCCUUCAACUUCUGCUGGCGUUAGGGAAAUGCUGGCAACGGGCCGCAAGCCAAGUCCCUUAGGUCCCCACAACUCUAAUCUUCCCGAGCGGAAGAUCAGCUCCAGCAGCAACUCUCAAGCUUCAACCAAGUCUAAUGAGGCUCCAGCGAAACGAAGAGUCUCAAAUGGCCGUCGAAGCUCCCGGGUUAUGGCCGCAAUUGCAGCCUUCAAUGCAAAGGACCAACAAGCGGCUAGUUCUAAGCAAAAUGACCCAAAAGAUACUGCCAUUGAAAAUGCAUUUGAACAGCUUCUGGAAUCUCGAAACAUCCCUCUCAACAUGCGUGAUAAAAUGAGGGCUUUGGACACUAAUAUCAAAGCAGACUUCGUGAACAAGCAUGAAAUGACGCCAACUACCCCGUCUGGCACCAGCCAGAAGAAGUUCGGGUUUUUCAGCAGCGAUAAAGAGGCCGACAAGGGCUCUGAGAAUGGGUCUCGCAAAUCUGCGACCAAGACUCGGGCUCGGAGCCGUACUUUCACUAAGAAUGAUUCAUCUAACUCGAAAAAGGGUAAAGGUGAAACCACGCCUUCCAAGCGGCCGAAGUCCGUCGACUUUUCUAGACCAUCCAGUUCCUCUUCCCGAGGCAUAUCUGCUUCUGUUCUGAGCUCUCUUCAGUAUAUCCGCACUCCAAAGGAUGCAGACGAACCGUCGGAUUUUGUCCACUAUCUUAAGGAAGUUCAGAAGCCGGAAAUAGUCGAAAUUUCCAAACUACACAAGCUUCGUAUUUUGUUACGGAAUGAAACUGUGGCCUGGGUCACUGAAUUCAUGUCCUGUGGAGGCAUGGAUGAGCUCAUUCAACUGCUCUACAGAAUCAUCAAAGUAGAAUGGAGGGAGGAGCAUGAAGAUACCCUCAUGCACGAAGUUCUACUCUGUCUCAAGGCACUAUGCACAACUACUACUGCUCUCAACCAUAUUCGCUCCAUAGAGAGCCAUCUUUUCCCUACAUUACUAAACAUGCUUUUCGAUGAUGAAAAGAAAGGCCCUAGCGAAUUCAGCACUCGUGCGAUAAUCAUCAGUUUGCUAUUCACUCUCUUAUCGAAUGCUGGCCCUGGAGAACGCAUGUCUCGCGCCCAUACUAUACUUUCUUAUAUGCGCGAUCCAGCACCACCAGAGACAGCUCAACCACUGUCGUUCAUUGCAGAUAUCUAUCAGCCUCGACCAUAUCGAGUCUGGUGCAAAGAAGUGACCAACGUUACUAAAGAAGUUUUCUGGAUGUUCCUACACCACUACAACGUUGUUCCGGUCACUACAUCAGAGGAUGGCUCCGUUGACCCAUCUCAGCCCUACUCGGAACGCCACUUCCCUCCACCACACCCCCCUGUCCCUGCAGCCCCAUAUAUCGGAGGUGUUGAAUGGGAAGCCACAAGCUACCUUGCGAUCCAUCUAGAUCUUAUGAACGGGAUCAUUGCAUCGAUGCCAACGACUGAGGACCGCAACAAGCUCAGAACUGACCUCAAAGCAUCGGGCUUCGAAAAGGUCAUGGGCAGAAGCCUCCGCACGUGCAAGGAGCAAUUCUAUCCCGCUCUCCACGCUGGCUUGAAGGUUUGGGUUGCUGCAGCAGCAGAGGAUGGCUGGGACUAUCAGUUUGUCCGUGAAGGCCCUCCAAGGGAUGCACCUCCAAGCAGCCCCAUCAAGACAGCUGGUAACCAGAGCCCGAAAAAGAGGCCAGGGAUUGUGAGCGAAGCUCCCCCACGCCUAGACUUGAACGUUGGUGUUGCAAGUUCCGAUCAGAGAAAGUCAAGCGGUGAUUGGCUAUGA